CGCAACAACUCCUUUACCUUUUUCUUUUUCUUUAUUCUAUUUUAUUUUUAUUGUACAGAUGAGCCAUGUUAGUCAUUCGGUGCCACCAGUGCAAUUUUCAGACAGAACUGUGAGAAGGAGCAGAUCAAGACAUCAAGUCCAGCAGAUUGGAAAUUACGUGAUUUACAAAAAGACACUUGGUUCUGGUAGUAUGGGCACAGUUAAGCUUGCUGAAUCUCUUUCACCCAAGGAUCAUCAGUUGUAUGCAGUCAAGAUAAUGCCCAAGAUCAAUCUCGAUUUGCCAGUGAACGGGAACAGCAAAGAUCCCAAGGAUACACCAAGAGAACGGGAGCAGAGAACGGUGAGAGAAAUGGCAAUUAUGCAUCUGUUGCGUCAUCCAAAUAUAUGUCAGUUGAAAGAGUGGAUCAUACAUGGUGAUCACUAUUAUAUGUUUCUGGAAUAUAUCGAAGGAGGACAACUACUAGAUUAUAUUAUUGGUCAUGGUAAAUUACGUGAAAAGUUAGCAAGAAAGUUUGCAAGACAGAUAGCUAGCGCAUUAGACUAUUGCCAUAGAAACUCUAUUGUUCACAGAGAUUUGAAGAUUGAGAAUAUUCUGUUGACAAACAAUGAAGAGAUUAAAAUCAUUGACUUUGGACUUUCAAACAUUUAUUCACCACGUAAAUUACUAAACACCUUUUGUGGUUCACUUUACUUUGCUGCACCCGAGCUAUUACAAGCAAAGAACUAUACAGGGCCAGAAGUAGAUGUUUGGAGUUUCGGUGUUGUGUUAUACGUAUUAGUAUGUGGAAGAGUACCCUUUGACGACACUAGCCUGCCUGCAUUACAUGAAAAGAUUAAAGCAGGUCAGGUAGAAUACCCAGAUCAUUUGAGUAGAGAAUGUGUUGAUUUAUUAUCCAAAAUACUCGUGGUUGAUCCAAGAAAGAGAGAAACACUGUCUAAUGUGAUUCGUCAUCCUUGGAUGAAUAAGGGUUAUGACGAAUUGGUAUCUAAUCACUUACCUCAUCGUCAGCCAUUACAUAAGAUAGAUAGACAGGUAGUACAGGGUAUGCAAGGAUUUGGUCUAGGUCUUCCAGAAGAAAUUGAACACAAAUUGGAGCAAAUUAUCCGUUCACCUGAAUAUCAAUAUGCGGCCAAGCAAAUCGAUCAAAAUUACCAAGGCAACCACAACAACACAGAAAGCAGCCAACAACAGCAGCAACAACAGCAGCAACAUAACUCUCUGACAAGAUGGAGAAGAACAGUGUCUAUUCGAAGAACAGCAAGCAGUUUACAUUCGAAACCCAGAGAUGAUCCACAGUCAUUACCAGCCAUGUACGACCCUCUGAUAUCUAUUUAUUAUCUGGUAAAAGAAAGAAGAGACUUCGACGAAAAGAUUCGCUUGUUGGAGAGUGAAGGAUAUCAAUCACCCGUCCAGUUGGGUAGAUCAGCCAGUACAUCUUUAUCCAAAUCAACAAAGGAGAGUAAUAGCUAUUUGACACGACGAAAGACAGAGCGUGUAGCGCCUUCUCAUACGCGACAAGUGUUUCAGCAACACAAUGAAGAGGAUUGGGCAGCACCCACGAAUCACAGUACGACUGUUCAGAAGAAUAGCUCCAAGUCAAGUAGUAAUUUACUCAAGCGUAGUAAAAGCGCAGCCAAGAGAUUGGGAGCCAUGUUACCAACAAGAGGAGGCAGCCAUGAAUCCAUUGAAGAUGGAUCAUUAAAGCAAAAGACGAUGAAUAUACUGAGAUCUAAUUCAGUAGCGCAUCGUAACAAGGAGAACAAUAAUAGCAAUAGCACAGGACGAUUCGUAGAAGAAACAGAAGUUACGAUACCACCCAACAUAAGCACAUACCCCAAGAGUUUAUUCAAUUUUAAUAGAAGACAUUUGUUUAAAGUAACAGCAAAGGAAAUGAUUGAAUAUGUUGAAAGAGUACUUAGAUGGAAGAAUAUAUUUUAUAAACAAGAAGAACCCUUUGUGUUUAAAUGCGAAAUACAAGAUGAAGCUAUAGAAAAGGAACAUGUUGUAUUUAGUUUGAUGAUAUACCAAGCAAGAUGGGCCAAUGGUCGAUUGGGUAUUAAACUAUUGGAGAAUGAAAACACCAAGACGGUCUCUAUUUAUCAUGAAAUAUUAAACGAAUUGAACUCUUUGAUCAAUAAAUAAACCAAAGUGAUCCAUUUUUAUAUACAUAUUGAAACAUACGCG